AUGGCAUCCACAGUCACCAUUACAAAAAUAGACUCGCGCACAAAUUGUCAUCAUCUUUCUCACUACUACCCUACUAGCACGACUACAAUUCCGACAAAAACAAAAAUACGAAACUUAACUUCCAAUACUGCAGCAGGGUCUUGGAAUGAUAUUCCAGUCGAUUUGGAUGAUCCCGGUUCCUACAGUUAUCAUCCGACAGCUGCGAUGGUGCAAGCUGCGAAAAUUGAUUACGCGAACAGAAUGUUUGAAUACACGUUGGAAAAAUUGUAUCGUGCUGAAAUCGCUAUGAAUAAUAAGGAGACCAUUAAAAAAUGUAGCAAGACCAAGAAGACGACUACGGCUGCGAACGGAACUACAAAAAGAAACGUAGAACACGAAUCUACACCUAUUGAUGCUGUCUCGAGCAGAUCUGCCACGGAAACGUCAAAUUUCUCAGCUACAAGCAAGAAAAAAGAUGACGAGAAUUAA